ACAAAAAGCGGAAACUAUUUUGUUUAUCAGUAGGUACAUCCUGUUGGUCACAGCUUUUCUUUCAGUCUGCUCUGGAACUGUUCAUAGUACAAAACGGACUAUAUUUUCCCCCGCCACUUUGUAAUAUUCAAAAAACUUUGUUGCACACUUUGCUUAAAGCGGUCAGGAGAGUUUAACUUUGGAACAUCUGCCUGCCUACUUUUUUCUUUUUCUGGAAGGAUCAGUGUUAGCUUGUAAGUGACCGUUAGCCUGCUGCUCUAGAGCAGUGAUGCUCGCCAACAGAGUUUAUCUUUCUGCGUAUUUCGACUGUUGACUCAAACCCGAGACCCUUCCUACAUUAUGGCGAGUGAAAACGCCGAGACAAACGCGGGGAACGAUAAAGAAACUGGUCCCUCAUCCGAACCAAACGAACACGACUAUGCCCACAAUGCGGCCAGUAACUUAACUUCGACGGAGGCGUCUUCUUCUUCGGUUACACCGCCGACUGACGGUGAAGUCCCCACGCAGGAAUGCUUUACCUCAGCGGCUGAACCCCACCAUAGCUCGCCAGGGAAGACCACCCUGCCGGUGGAGCUUCCCGAACCGGCCUUGGGUGCCGAAGUAGACUGCCUCGGUGGAAAUGAUGUGGAGGUGUCUUCUCCGCCGAAGGACGAAGAUGACCCACAAGAAUUACAUAGCCCUAAACUUGCUGCUGGCAUCUCUCCCGCAAUGGUAUGUGGCCGCUGGCGUCCCAAGCGGCCUGAGGACAGGAACUGCGCCUGCUGUAAGUUUGAGUUCGAGCGGCAGGGCCGCAGGUUCAACCGGAGGGCAGUGUACACCUUCAGCAACCCGGACACUGUGCAGUGGGUCUUCCCAGACGCUGUAGUCAACCAGAAGUCCUUCCUUUGCGAGACCUGUGCGCAGGUCAUCAGGAACAGAUGCAAACGCAAACAGAAGGGGAAGAGAUCUCUGUGGCUGAAACCGCCUCAGACAAAACGGUCAGUGGUGAAAGACAAGAAUAAGAAAGGUCGCAGGAUGGGGAAGAAGAGUAAAGCGGCGCUGCUGGUGAGCAAGUCCUGCUACAAGUCUGCUUUCAAAUUGCUCUGGUCUGCCAAAGGUGCCCGGAAGCCCAUGAUGGAUUUCUGGAGCAAACAGCUGAAAGAGGAGAUGAAGGCGCUGACAAGGCAGACAGACAGUCCCUUCCAUCAGAAGGUGUCAAACAGAAAGCCCCUGUCUUCCUUCCCCUGGCGGCGCUGUCUGAACUGGGCCCAGGACAAAGCUCCACUCGUCACCACCUGCCUCACCGCUCUGUUCCCCGACAUCACCGCUCUCUCUAAGAGCAGCAACCAGAUGUCAGAGGACCAGGCCCAGACGCUGCUGGAGCGCCGGGCCGUGUUGGCGCUCUCCAUCCCGCUCUUCACCAGGAAUAUCUGGAAGAACAACUUCCUGCAGGCUGCUCUGGGGGCAGAGCUGCGCCUGCAGGGCUGUUCUGGCACGGCUCUUGACGCCCUCAACACCAUGGGACUGUGUCAGAACAAAGACACAGUCAGGUUACUGCUGCACAGGCUCCGAAACGGCAAGAAGAAGAAACUGACACAGAAUGGACGGCAGAUGAUAAAAUCGGAGCAGAUGAAAGGAGAAGAGAUGUCAGACGUGGAGGAAGAGGAUAUUGAAGAAGAAGAUGAGGAGGAAGAAGAAGAAGAGGAGGAUGACGAUGACGAUGAUGAUGAUGAUGAUGAUGACGACGACGAUGACAACGACGACGACGAUGAUGAUGACGAUGAAGAAGAGGAGGAGGAGGAGGAUCAGGAAGAAUGUGAAGAAAUGGAGAUGGCAGUAGAGGAAGAAAUGGAUGCUGUAGACGCAGCAGUGCAACAGGAAGAGGAGGAAAAGGCAGAGAUGGAGAAGAAGAGAAAGAAGGCGGCGAAGAAGCAGAGGAAGGAGGAGAAGAGGAAGGAGAGAGGGAAGCGAAAAGAAAGGGAUGAGGUGGAUGAAGAGGAGGAGGAGGAUGAUGAAGGGUCGGAGCAGAAGAAGAGGCGGGUCGUGGUGGUGAGGCUCGGCCUGCUGAAAGGACACUCAGAAGUGGGACGAUCUGACCUAUCAGCUCCCUAAGACUUCGUAGGCCCCGCCCAAGAGCAGGCUCAGCUCCAAAUCCCUCAUCGCCGGGGGUAUUGAAAGACAUUCUGGGAAUUGUAGGACAUCAGUACCUGGAGGGAAACCAAUGAGGGCUUUACUUUGAAUUCUUAUUUUGAUGUUGAAAAUCAGUUUGAGC